AUGGCUACGCUCAUCUCGCCCUCCCUGGCUUUAGUCGUUGCUGGGCUGCUGUUGCUCGGCUUCGUGCUGUAUCGCGCGAGCAUCCCGACGCCCAUCCCCGGGAUUCCCUACUUCGCUGCGUCGGCCAGCAGGCCGUUCGGAGAUGUGCCGGAUGCGAUGCGACACCUCGCGCAGACGAAGCAGAUCUGCACCUUCCUCACCCAACGCUGCGUCGAGCUGCAAUCCCCCAUCUGCCAGGUGUUUAUGCGGCCUUUCUCGAAGCCGUGGGUCGUUGUAGCCGAUAGUAGAGAAGCGCAGGAUAUCAUGGGGCGCCGAACACGCGAGUUCGAUCGCUCCGAGUUCUUCGGAGAUUUGUUCUCCGGAACAGUCCCGCACAAUCAGGUCCACAUGAAGACGACCGACCAGUGGCGCUGGAAUCGGCGGCUCAUGGCCGACACCAUGUCGCCCGCGUUUCUCCAGAAUGUCGCCGGCCCUCAAGUCGCCGCCGCGUUUGCCGAUCUCCUGGAGCUGUGGCGGGAAAAGUGCAAAAUCGCAAACGGGCGGCCUAUCAGUGUGGCCGACGAUGUGAUGGAAGCAAUGGUGGACACCAUUUUCGCGAGCUCGUUUGGAGCAUCCAGUGCUGCGAAUCGGGCGCAGCUGGACUUCAUCACUCAAGCUGAUAUUCCUCUUCCGAGCACAAUGGGCGUUGACGACGUGGUGGAGUUCCCGAAGGCUCCACACCCAACUGUCUACGACGCAAUCACCGGACUGACGGAGAGCUCUAUCAUUCCGAUGCAGUCACCAUUGGGACGACGACACCACUGGUUCGCGUUGACUUUUUAUCCCCGGCUGAGGCGAGCAAGGAAGCUGGUCGAGCAGCUGAUGUACGACAAACUCGACGCUGCGUGGAACAAGUUCAGCCACCCGAGUGCCUCGGAUGCCGACAUCAAGUGUGCCGCGGAACUGAUCGUGGAGCGAGAGGCCAAGCUGGCUGCGAAAGAGAGUCGGGCGCCGCAAUACAAAACCCCCAUCGUUCGGGACGAGCUCUUUGGCUUCAUUAUGGCUGGGCACGAAACGACAGCUUCCACUCUGACGUGGGGCUUGAAGCUCCUCACCCAGCACCAGGAGAUACAGCAGAAGCUCCGCGAACAUCUGAAGAGCGCGUUUGGGGGCGCAGAAAAGGGAAGCGGACUGCCGUCGCCAAUCGAGAUUGGCAAAGCACAGGCACCCUACCUAGACGCAGUCAUCGAAGAGAUUUUGCGAGCCUCUGGCACUGUCGCGAUGAAUGUGCGCGUGGCGGUCCAGGACACCCAGCUCCUGGGCCAUGUGAUCCCCAAGGGUACUGAUAUCUUUAUGCUGACCCAGGGACCCAGCUAUACCGCUCCUUCGCUGCCGGUUCAAGAGAGCAAGCGAAGCAAGACGAGUCAGCAGGUGCCGCCGAAUGAAAGGUGGACUGGUGACUGGAAAGAGUCGACGCUGUCGGCAUUCGAUCCCGACCGGUGGCUCCGAACCGACGCAAUGGGUAGUAAAGCCUUUGAUCCCCAGUCCGGCGUGCAACAGACGUUCGGGGCGGGAACGAGGGGUUGCUUUGGCAAGAAGCUCGCUCGUCUGAUGCUGCGGAUAACCAUUACGUCUAUCAUCUUGACGUUUGAUCUGCAGCCCUUACCGCAGAAUCUGGCCGGGUUCGAGGCCGUGGAUGUAUUGACGCAUCGGCCUCAGUAUGUGUACUUGCGACUGGCUGCUCUGGAGAAUAAGGAGUGAUGUGGGUGCCUGGUGUGCUUAUAGGCGUCUGGAAUAUUGUCAUGAACGAUAGUAAGCUAUCAAUUAUAUAGACUCUGCA